ACUACAAACAAUAUAGCAGAGUACCGGGCACUGUGUGCAGGACUGAACUACGCACUCACCAACGGACUGACCGAUCUCCACGUGGUGGGCGAUAGCGCGAUGAAUAUGGCGCAGAUGAGGAGACGGCGUCCGCCCAGAGCGCCACAUUUACGGAGCAUUUGCGCGCAAUGCAGAGGGAUAGCAGAUCGGGUCCAUGUGUGCACGUGGAACCAUCAUUUGAGAGCCUUCAACGAGGCCGCUGACAUGUUGGCAAAUAUCGCCAUGGACGAUCGCAAGAGUCGUCAG